CAACACAAAAUACACCAAACUUUUGGUGUUUUGUAACCAGGUGAAUCAUUUUGUUGGUUAUCCCAAAUUCAAAGUUCUUAUAUAUGUGUUUUAUUAAUUAAAACAUUUAAAAAUUGGCAAGAAAAUUCGUGUCGACUGCCCAGAGUCCACGAAUCUAAAAUUUCUCGAUCUUGGAAUCAUCUGCGGUGAAAUUUCUAUAACCACCGGCAACGCCCAUUGAGACUCCUUAAGACAAUGACCGAAACACAUCGAUUUGGAAAUGUUAUCGCUCCCAUCACCUGUCACGCUUGGAACAAGGAGAAGACACAAAUCGCAAUCUCCCCUAAUAAUCAUGAAGUGCAUGUUUAUCAAAGGAACGCUUCCGAUUGGAAAAUGAUCGAUAAUUUAAACCAGCACGAUCUACGCGUCAUGGGAAUCGAUUGGGCACCCAAUACGAACCGCAUCGUCACCUGCGCGGUGGAUCGUAACGCCUACGUCUGGACCCAAGGUGAUGACGGCAAGUGGAAACCCACCCUAGUUUUAUUACGUAUAAACCGCGCAGCAACGUGCGUGAAAUGGUCGCCGGACGAAAACAAGUUUGCUGUCGGUUCUGGCGCUCGUUUAAUCUCUAUUUGCUACUUCGAGUCGGAAAACGACUGGUGGGUGUCUAAGCACAUCAAAAAGCCAAUUCGUUCUACCAUCACCUCAAUCGAUUGGCAUCCCAAUAACGUUCUGCUGGUCGCCGGAUCUACGGAUUACAAAGUGAGAGUCUUCUCAGCGUACAUUAGGGACAUUGAGAAGACACCCGAGGCGACUCCCUGGGGAAGCAAGAUGCCUCUAGGUCAGCUCAUGGCCGAAUUCCCGAACUCGGCAGCGGGCGGCGGUUGGGUACACAGCGUUAGUUUUUCUCCCGACGGUAACAAGAUAUGCUGGGUCGCGCACGAUUCAACUAUUAACGUUGCCGAUGCAACACGCGGUAAUGUCAUGUUCAAGCUAAAAACCGAGUUUUUACCGUUUUUGAGUUGUACGUGGGUCAGCAAUCGAUCAAUUAUUACCGCCGGCCAUAAUUGUAUGCCGUUGCUAUACUCCCUCGACACGAAUGGGAAGCUGGUAUUCGCGGCGAAGUUGGAUACAUCGCAGAAGAAGGAGGCCAGCGGGCUGUCAGCAAUGCGUAAGUUUCAGUCGUUAGACAAACAGGCACGUGUCGAAGUGUCAGAUACCAGUUUGGACUCGGUACAUCAAAACGCAAUUACUUGCUUGUGUUUGUACGGAGGAACGAAAGCUGACGGUACUAAGUUUAGUACUUCGGGACUUGACGGCCAACUUGUCAUUUGGAACUUGUCUUUGUUAGAGAAAGAGAUUCAAGGUUUACGAAUUUAGGUUUAAGGUGUAUCUUUUAUUAUUCGUUGUAAUAAAGAUAGUGCAGUUUU